AUGGUCCCAUACACACCCGGCCAGCGGGAAGAAACAACACACCUGCCCUCGACGGUGCGAACGGGGCUAGAACUCGAGCCACUCAGUCGGACACGGCUUUCUUGCCUUCGAUACGAUGAUUUUAUUCAUCGAUAUACCUACUUCUGGAGCAUAUACCUGAAUUUCCACUCUUGUCUUAGCAACACAACACAUACAGUUUCGUUAUGGCUAGCCGUCGUCAUGUCAGCAGUAAGAUACCUGUUCAUUCGAUCGAGAGGCCGAUUGAAUCUGAGCAUACCGAAAACCCAACUUGCUAUUUGUGGUGUUUAUGUUGCAGUCAUAAUGGUGUUGAUUCCAAACUAUUCUUUAUCUGGAUUGGAACCUAGCUUCGUUCCCGCUCACAACACAACGGUAUAUAAAAUCAAAAGCCUUCAAAUAUAUCUGAAAAACUCGACAACGAUGAAUGCAAUAAACGUAUGGCUAUUUGUUUUAGUUGGGAAAUUUAUCCCGUGCGUUUUAAUUUGCGUUUUGGGUUGUAUGUUGUUGAAAACGAUACAACAAAGCGUCCAACUGACGGAAUCCCUGAAAUUGACCUCUUGUUCGCGUAGAAUGCGUGCCCAUAGGAGGACAACAAUUAUGUUAUUGGCCAUAAUGGCAUUGUUUAUUAUAUCUUCUUUUCCCGUUGCAAUUCUGAUGCUUAUUUCGGUAUUUGUUGAUGGGUUCUUUAUGGAUUAUUAUAUGUUAUUUGCCGAUACUCUAGACAUUCUAUCUUUGAUCAACAACGCCAUAAACUUUGUGAUGUACUGCAGCAUGAGCAGACAAUUUAGAGACAGUCUGUGUGAGACACUGCCCUUGUGUAAAUUGGACAGCGGAAAAGGUGUUUACCAAUCUACAGCAACAACAACAAACGUACGUGCAUCGGCAGUAACGCAUCUGUAAACCCAUUAGAUGUACAUUUAACAUGAACCAUUACUCA